AUGAGCGAGCAGGUGUCAGUCACGCCGAGCUGGCUGACCCCUGACCUGAGCUGGUUCAGCAGUGGUGGUGGGAGCAGCGAGAACCUGACGGCUGGAACGCCUCCUCCACUUGCCGUUUUACCCCCGGAAUCUUCUCCUGAGCUGCUGGUGAACCCGUGGGAUAUUGUGCUGUGCACGUCGGGGACCCUGAUAGCCUGCGAGAAUGCCCUGGUUGUCCUGGUGAUCUGGCAGAACCCAGCUCUGCGUGCUCCCAUGUUCCUGCUGAUCGGUAGCCUGGCACUAGCUGACCUGCUUGCCGGCGUGGGUCUGGUGCUCCACUUUGCCUUUGCCUACCUGCUGCGCUCGGACUCGACCCAGCUCCUGACGAUCGGCCUGGUGGUGGCUUCAUUCUCCGCCUCGGUCUUCAGCUUGCUGGCCAUCACCAUCGAUCGCUACCUGUCUCUGUAUUACGCGCUCACGUACAACUCGGAGCGCACAGCUGCCUUCACCUAUACCAUGCUGGUGCUGCUGUGGGGGGCGUCCCUGUGCCUUGGUCUGCUGCCCGUCACAGGGGUCAACUGCCUGAGUCAGGAGGACGCCUGCAGUGUGGUGCGACCACUCACGAAGAACAAUGUCGCUGUUCUAUCCGUGUCCUUCCUGCUGCUCUUCGGGCUCAUGCUGCAGCUCUAUGUGCAAAUCUGCAAGAUUGUAAUGCGGCACGCGCACCAGAUCGCCCUGCAGCACCACUUCCUGGCUGCCACACCGCACUACGUCACGACACGCAAAGGCGUCUCUACUCUCGCCAUCAUCCUGGGAACGUUUGCUGCCUGCUGGAUGCCUUUCACUGUCUACUCGCUCAUCGCUGACUACACCUACCCCCCACUGUACACCUACGCCACGCUAGUUCCCGCCACCUACAACUCCAUCAUCAACCCGGUCAUCUACGCCUUCCGCAACCAAGAGAUCCAGAAGGCGCUUUGGAUGGUGUGCUGCGGCUGCAUCCCAGCCAGCGUGGCACAGCGGGCACGGACGCCCAGCGACGUCUAA